AUGGGUUGUGGAAAUUUGUUGUUGUUGACGACUUUGAUAAUAAUCUCAGCAAAUGGUCCAUUGAAGCAGGAUUUCCCAGGUCCAUCGACAACUUGUUCGAUUUCGAUGGGCCCAGUGGACAAAUCAAAGAGGCUGUUCCACACGGCGGUGACGGCGUCUCACUCCGUCUACAACACGUGGCAUAAUCUCUUAGGAAGUUGUAUCGUUUCCACUCAAUCUUUCACCUUCUCCUCUGUUGCGAGUUCUUUGCUGCCGUCUUUCUCGGCUCCGGCGACUAUUGAAAAUCCUCCGAUUGCUCCACCGAUUCCUCGGAUCGCUCAACCUCAAACGAAUAGUUAUUUUUAUAUUUCUUCAAAAUUUUAUGGAAAAGGAGAAGAGAUAUAUUGGAGGGAUGAAGAAGGGAAGUUAUGUGGUUUUAAUCUCAGAUCGCUUGGUGAAUUGGAAGGAGACAACUUUAACUACCAUUCUUUCUGUAAUGGACUACUUUGCUACUCUCGGGCAUCUUCUACCCAAGCUUUCAUAAUCAAUCCACUUAAGGAGGAAGUACUUUUCCUCAAACAGUCACCUUCACCUUCAAGUCCUUCACUAAGAAUUGUUAAAUCAUCCUUCGGACUGGGUGUUUGUGGGGAAUCAGGUAAUGAGACUUUCAAAAUUCUUCUUCUUCAACGUACUAAACGUACGAACCUGGCUAGUAUUUUGACCUUAGGAUCUGAUGCUUGGAGAGUCAUCCGGUACCCCUCUGUUGUAAACGUAGAUGACUUAUAUUUCUUUGGAGAGCCUGUUUUUGAGAAAGGAUUCAUUUAUUGGUAUGCGCCACUUGAAGACAUCAUCGUCUUUGAUGUUGAGCGUGAAAUAUUCUCAAUCAUGGAAGCUCCAAUUGAUACAAAUUGCAACAUAUGCUCGGAUAUGGAGUUUCGUCUUCUAAGUUUAGGAGACCGUGUAGGAUUCGUCAAAGCACACUGUGGAGUUUUGGGAAUUUGGUAUGGUAAGAACCACAAUAGUGAAGGAAAAAUCACUGAAUGGGAAGAAUAUGACCCCAUUCAAAUUAUUCAUGAGGGGGAGCUGUUUGAUUUCUCACAGGCUUUACAAGUUUUAGGAGCAUGGAAAGACGAAUCUAGCAUGUUGGUCUGUAGCUCGAGUUUGCCUAGAGUUUUUUUCUGCUAUAACUUUGUUACUAAGACUGCUACUAUGGUGAAUAUUUCCAACCGUCCUGAGAAUUUUGCGAGUCACAGCUUUAGAGGGUCGUCUCUUUUGCUUACGGAGUUCCAUGGUAGUUCUGAACUAGUGUAUCUACCACCUGAACGAAACUACAACACGAGCCGAAGUGGUUUAAUAAGGAGGGUAAUUGAAGAUAUUGGAAGGACUUGAAGAAACAAUGCAAGUUUUCUUUCAGCUCUCUAUAAUAAGAAAUUUUGUAUAGUUUUCUGUGCAUAGUACUACUGGCCAUUCAUGUUAGGUUAUGCUUAUAUUGCCUAUUGGAUGCACUGUAGUAGUUAGGAAGUUGAAUCAGGUCUAGCAAAACUAUUGAAGUUGACAUUUUAUUUUCGUCGGUAUUUUUGGUCCUUGAUACUGUUGCUUAGAGAGAUUAUACUGUUAAAAUUGUUCUAUGCAUACAUUUUAUUGUCAUUGUUAAAAAGUAACUAAAUACAAAAAUAUUAAAGAUAAA